AGCCGGAAGGCUGACGUGCGUUACUUACCGCGCCGACGGCAAUGGCGGGAAGCGAGGCUGGCAGCCGAGGCAGUUCUCCUCAGCCGCAUCACAGCGACUGGGGUCGCCUGGAGGCUGCCAUCCUCAGCGGCUGGAGGAGCUUCUGGCAGUCGGUGGGGAAGGAGAGGGUGGCUCCAAGGGCCUCUCCGGAGGAGGCGGACGAGGAGGGCAAUACGUUGUCGCGGCUGCCGAUUGAUGUACAGCUAUAUAUUUUGUCAUUUCUUUCACCUCAUGAUUUAUGUCAGCUGGGAAGUACAAGUCAUUAUUGGAAUGAAACCGUACGAGAUCCAAUUCUGUGGAGAUAUUUUCUGUUGAGGGAUCUUCCUUCUUGGUCUUCUGUUGACUGGAAGUCUCUUCCAGAUCUAGAAAUCUUAAAAAAGCCUAUAUUUGAGGUCACUGAUGGUUCAUUUUUUGACUACAUGGCAGUCUAUAAAAUGUGCUGUCCAUAUACAAGAAGAGCCUCAAAAUCUAGUCGUCCUAUGUAUGGAGCUGUCACCUCAUUUUUGCAUUCAUUGAUCAUUCAGAAUGAACCACGAUUUGCUAUGUUUGGACCAGGUUUGGAAGAACUAAAUACAUCUUUGGUGUUGAGCUUGAUGUCAUCCGAGGAACUUUGCCCAACAGCUGGUUUGCCUCAGAGGCAGAUUGAUGGUAUUGGAUCAGGAGUUAGUUUUCAGUUGCACAACCAGCAUAAAUUCAACAUCCUGAUAUUAUAUUCAACUACAAGAAAGGAAAGAGAUAGAGCUAGAGAAGAGCAUACAAGUGCGGUUAACAAGAUGUUCAGUCUACAGAAUGAAGGGGAUGAUCAACAAGGAAGCCGGUACAGUGUAAUUCCACAAAUUCAGAAGGUGUGUGAAGUUGUUGAUGGGUUCAUCUAUGUUGCUAAUGCUGAAGCUCAUAAAAGACACGAAUGGCAAGAUGAAUUUUCUCGCAUUAUGGCAAUGACAGAUCCAGCUUUUGGAUCUUCAGGAAGACCAAUGCUGGUUUUAUCUUGUAUUUCUCAAGCUAAUGUAAAAAGAAUGCCCUGUUUUUAUUUGGCCCAUGAGCUGCAUCUGAAUCGUCUAAACCACCCAUGGAUGGUUCAAGAUACAGAGGCUGAAACUCUGACUGGUUUUGCGAAUGGCAUUCAAUGGAUUCUUGAAGAAGUAGAAUCUAAGCAUGCAAGAUGAUCCUCCUUUUAGACCUUGAGAACUGAAAGCAUUUGAAACUGGCUACUAAAGUCAUGAUGUGGAUAUUUGCUCAGUCAGCUUUCUGCCCUGCCUUUUUGCAGGUAGGCUUUCUACUGGAUAGCUGUAGCUGCUGGGGUUUUUUUUUAUAUAUAUUUUUUACUUUUUACUUGAAAUCAGUUACAAGAAAAAAGUUUCAUUGCUAGUAUUUAGCCCCAAGAUGAACCUUUUAAGAUUUUUUGAUAACUUUUAUAUUUUAAGUAUUAAAUUCUGAAAAAAAAGUUUGUGCCUCUUUCAUUCUUUGUGACUUCUGUCCUUUUCAGUUUAAAGAUUUGCCCUAGUGAGGGAUAAGAAAUUUGCUAAGUUUUCAAUAGAUUCUUUUCAAGGAUCCUUAACUGGUUAUCAGAAAAUGAGUUUUUAUCUAUUUUUAAUAAAAAUACUGCUUAAAGGCUGGAAUGUUCACUGGAAUUUCGCUUACUGUUAUGGCCAUACAACUUCUGUUUCUUUUCUGAAACAGUAGGAAUUAACUUUAUAUAUCAUAUUCAGUACUAAUUUGGUGAAAAUAAAUGAAAGGUCUUGCUAUUUUCAAAUAACUUUGAAAGCUUGUGAAGUACUAAAGCCAAAUUUUAUUCCUUAUUCAUAGAGAAAACAUUCCAGAAACUCAUAUAAUCAUAUGACCUCCUGCUCACUGAUUACUUGCACUUUGCACAGGAAAUGUCAUAGCCCUCCUAUGUCAUUGAAAUUGAGGAGUUUUAAAAUUACAAUAAAAGGUGUAGUCUUCUUAGUGGUGCUGUUGCACCCAAGAUAUAGCCUCCCUCCUGCCAGUGGGUGCUGUUCCAAAGCAAGAGCUCCCACUUCUUGAGUCCACUUAUCCUGCACUUAGUUUCAGUAAUUUGUAGUUGGGGGCAGAAUGAGAAAUGUGGCCAUCCUGCUCCUCCUCAGACGACAGCCCUCUGGUUUGGAGAGAGUGCUGUUUCCUUGGCUGCCCCAGUCUAGAAUGGAGAUAUCUUUCUGAGCUGGGGAAGGGAAGGAGGGAGUGGGUCUUGGUUCAAAUACCACAGACUCUUGUUGUUUUUACUGAAUUUCAGUAUUUGAAAAAAAAAAUAUAUACACACAUAUACAUACACACACACACAUAUAUUUGAAUAAAUAUUUCUUCACUUGCUGUAUGCUCGUAGGAGCAUUUACAGAGAUAUUAAGGAUUCUUUAAAAUUAAUUUUCUCUAGUUUCUCUAGGGAGCUAUUACAUGGAACUCUUUAUACUGUUAUGCCAAAAGUAGACCCCCCCUCUUUUUUAUUAAAUCACUGUAAUUGUGUUGCCUCAUUCAUUCCUGAUGUUGGUAAUUUGUGUCUUUUUUCUUCAUGAUCAGCCUGGCUAGA